CCUCUGCGACCAUCAGCAGUCACUGGCAGGAGUUGUUGUUGUUGUCAGAUCACAACCCUAUGCGCAGACUCACGACCGUCGCCUUGUACGCCCGGAACACACCCUCAUCGCCUUCUCCGCCCCGCGCAGCUUGUGCCUUACAUGCAGACGCACGCGCUGGCGUAGCUGCCCUCGCCGCGAGCAGCCCACACGAGCAUCAAGAGCCCCUCCGCAGCCCCCGUUCAAGUUCGACCACCUCUUGAGUGCAUCGCCCAACGGCGCUUCUCACCCGCCCAGUAUGCUCGAUAGAGCUGUCGGCACGCUGCUCGAGUUCACUCGCCGGCGAGCCGAAGAAGAGACCGAGCCCGAUGGCAAGAACUCAUCCGACAAGGAGGUCCUGGCCUCAUGGGCGCUCUGCAUCGAGAUAGUCCUCCUGAUAGUUGCGUUCUUCACCAGCUACAUGCUGCAGCAAAAGAAGGUCCAGGCCGUCCACGAAACCGUGAUAUCGAUCUUUGCAGGCAUGACGGUGGGCCUGAUCAUCCGAAUCUCAAGCCCUUAUUCCUUGCGCGACUUUGUCAGCUUUGACUACCAGAUCUUCUUCAACUUGCUCCUGCCGCCCAUCAUUCUCAACUCCGGAUACGAGCUUCACCAGGCCAAUUUCUUCCGCAACAUCGGCUCCAUUAUCACCUUCGCCUUCGCUGGCACUUUCCUCUCGGCUGUCGUGAUCGGAACCCUGCUAUGGCUAUAUACUCGGGUACCUCUCGAAGGUCUCGACCUCACGUUUGUUGAAGCGAUCUCGGUCGGCGCGACAUUAUCAGCCACAGAUCCGGUGACCAUUCUGGCAAUCUUCAACACCUACAAAGUAGACCCGAAGCUCUACACAGUCAUUUUCGGAGAGGCCAUUUUAAACGAUGCGAUUGCUAUCGUCAUGUUCGAAACUGCAAAUAGCUAUACAAAGGGCGACGCGAACUCGUAUGGCCUCAUCGACUUCUUCAAGGGCAUUGGUACCUUCUUGGGUGUCUUUUUCGGAAGUUUGAUCAUCGGCGUUGUCAUUGGUGUCGGCACUGCGCUCAUGCUCAAACUCACCUAUGUCCGGAGAUAUCCACAGAUCGAAAGCUGUUUGGUCGUCCUGAUUGCCUACGUCAGCUACUUCUUCUCGCAGGGCUUGAGAAUGUCAGGAAUCGUGUCUCUGCUGUUUUGCGGCAUCACGCUCAAACACUAUGCCUACUUCAACAUGUCACGGAGGACACAGCUGAGCACGAAGUACUUCUUCCAGAUUCUGGCGCAGCUGUCCGAGAAUUUCAUUUUUAUCUAUCUCGGACUUUCCCUAUUCACCGACAACGACCUGCAGUUCCAGCCCCUGCUCAUCAUUGUCACCGUGGUGGCAGUUUGUGCCGCACGGUGGGUUGCCGUGUUCCCGCUGUCGAGAGCCAUCAACUGGUUCCAUCACUACCGCGCACGGCGCCGUGGUCAGACCAUCAGCGACGAGCUGCCAUACAGUUACCAAGCCAUGCUCUUUUGGGCCGGCUUGCGUGGAGCUGUCGGUGUCGCCCUGGCUGCGCUUCUCACAGGCGAGAAUUCGUAUGCCUUGAAGGCUACGGUCCUGGUUGUGGUGGUGCUGACCGUCAUUAUUUUCGGCGGUACCACUGCCAGGAUGUUGGAGAUCCUUGGAAUUCGUACCGGGGUUGUUGAGGAGGUUGACAGCGACGACGAGUUCGACAUUGAGUCUGCGCCUUCAGGGCCAUACUUCAAGCGCUCUGGUACAGGCGUCGGAUACACUCCGCGCAGCGGCAGGAAUCGGAAUGGGUCACUGCGUAUGCAUAACGUGGAUUCCGGGGCGAAUGGAGAUGGCAGCGGGCGAUACGCUUCCGCGCAAGCCUCGUCUCAACAAGGGACGCGUCCUAGGAGCGGAAGCCGAAAAGGCUCGCUUGUUACGCCCGCCGACCAGGAACGUGCGGAUCUGCUCGAUCCUAAUGGCAACAUGUCGGAUUCAGAUCUGGGGAGUGACAUCGACAUCUCAGACUUGCCACCCCCAGCAAGGAGAUCUGCGAGACGUUCGAGCCCACCAAUCAGGUCGUCCGCUGGCGACUCUCGUCACACCCACCAUGCGGACGAAAACGUUUUCAACUAUCCAACAUCGGGCCAUCGCGAUGCAGCGCCCGUGUCUGCCAGCGCUGCUAUCCGGCAAUUGUUUACAGCAGAAGAUCCGCAAGCGCUGCUGCGUCAGCUCGAUGAGGAAUUCAUCAAGCCGAAAUUGCUUCUUGGCAGUGGUCCUCCUGGAGGCAGAAGUCACGACGAUGGCGGUGGUGCAGGACCUAGUUGAGUUGCGUUUAAAGGGCGCUGUAUAUAGCUUUUUGUUUGGGCGGCCUUAAGCAAUACCUUUUGUGCUCCAAAUAGAAUCGUUGCAUUUAUUUAUUGUUGCCACAUCGGGCCGGGCCGUCAAUUCAU